AAUCCAGUUGAGUCUGCUUGCAUCUUAUGCCUUUUGAUGGCAUCGUUGUUUUACUCUUUCUUACGUCAAUAAACCUGUGGACAACGGACAACUGUCUUCAGAGUCGUGAUGUCAGGAAAGAGUUUGUCUAACUGCCAAGGUGUAUCACGGGACAUAUACUGAGGGCAGCAUAGUAAAACAACGGCUUUCUAGCGGGCAAGAUAACGCAGCCAGCUGGCAGGCGCUACUAACAACGUCAUCUCACGCAGCCAGUGGAUGACCAUCACAGCAGUGUCUAAACAGAGGUACGUCACCAGACAACACCAUGUCCGAGAAAGCAACUUCAUUAAAGACGCGGUCCCGCGCUACAUGUUCUGCUACAUACUCAAGUGUAUCAUCAACGGGGUCUGCUGCAGCAAAGGCAAGAGCGAGAGCAGAAGCAGCAAAGGCACGCAUGUCCUACGCCGAAGAGGAAAUGAGCCUAAAGCUAGAAAAAGCUAAGCUGGAAGCCUCAAUAGAAAUGCUCAAUUACAAGAAAGAAACUGCUGCAGCCGUAGCUGAAGCCGAAGCCCUUGAAGCUGUGGUAGAUAAAAAUAGUGAAAGACAUAGUUCCAUGUUAAAUUUGGACUCCAGUCCUUUGGAAGCUGCACAACGCACAGAACAAUAUGUGAUUGAUCAAGCCGAAUCACAAAACACAGACGCUCAGCUGCAUGAUGAUGGUGUUGGAGCAAUAAGAGGGUCAAGCCCUAACUACGAAACUCCAGCUUCAUCUAUCAAAUCUGAAGUCAACUCAUUCCAUCCGGCCCAAGCUAAUAUAGCUUCCCAUCAUACACAUGGCCACAAUGCAGCUUCUCAACCAACUCGCCUCAUCUCACAGCAGCCUUACAUCUAUGAAGAUGAAAAGCUCGAUGGGACACGCAAUGUUCGGUUUGACAACCACAAUGCCACUCCUGAGCAAGGUCUUGGACCUCAAAACGACAAAGGCGAUCAUGCUCUUAAAUCCUAUCCCACAUCUUCAAACACCAAUAAUAACAACUCCAACAUUAGCGACUUCGUGAGAUACUUUGCUCGUCGUGAGCUUGUAGCAACAGGCCUACUUCAAUUCAACGACAGACCUCAGAACUACAGAGCCUGGAAACGGUCUUUUCAGAAUGCAACCAGAGGUUUGGACCUGACACCAAGCGAGGAAAUGGAUCUCCUGUUUAAGUGGCACCCCAUCUCUUUCCUCGAUACGAGAGGCGUCAACCCAAUUGUACAGAAGCUCCCCUUCGGUCUGCAGGAGAAGUGGGCGUCAGUUGGGUCAUCCUACAAGCGGCAACAUCACGUUUCAUAUCCCCCCUUUGCCUGCUUCGUAAACUUUGUUAGCCAAGAAGCUAGUGUCAAAAAUGACCCAAGUUUCAACUUUGUCUCUCACUCAGACAUGUCUCCCAGGCCAGAAAAAACAGCUUGGAAGCCAAACAGACAGCGAGAAGUCUCUGUUCACAAAACAGAGAUAUUUCCAAAAGCCAUCUCUGAUCCUAGGGAGCCCUCAACGAAAUUCAAUGACUGUGACAAACUGUGUCCAAUCCAUAAAAAACCUCACCCUAUACGCAAAUGCCGUGCAUUCAGAGAAAUGCCCAUCGAAGACCGUAAGACAUUCUUAAAAGAGAAUAACAUUUGUUUCAGAUGCUGUGCUUCAUCAUCACACAUUGCAAGGUACUGCACAUUUAAUGUUCGUUGUUAUGAAUGUAAAAGUGAAAAACACCACACAGCGCUUCAUCCUGGACCUGCUCCCUGGGUUGAAGGCAAAGACUCUGCUCCAGAGCAUGGCGGGGAGGAGGAUAGCUCUCCACAACCCCAUGUCACCACCAAAUGUACAGAUGUCUGUGGCGGAGACGUAACGGACCGAUCCUGCUCUAAAAUAUCCCUUGUGAAUGUGUAUCCAACCGGCCACACUCACAAAGCAGUGAAGAUGUACGUGAUUCUGGACGAACAGAGCAACAGAUCACUAGUUCGUUCACAGUUCUUCGAAGUCUUCAAUGACCAAAGUCCAAGUGCUCCUUACUCACUGAAAACAUGUGCUGGAGUAAAGAAAGCGACAGGAAGAAGGGCCAGUGGCUACAUCGUGGAAUCUUUGGACCGUCAGCAUCCCACUACCCAGCCUCAUAGAAUGUGAUGACAUCCCAAAUAACAGAAGUGAGAUUCCAACUCCCAAUGCAGCUUUUCAUCACGCACACCUAAAGUCAGUCGCACACCUCAUCCCAGAUAUCGACCCACAAGCCCCAAUUAUGCUUCUCUUAGGUCGGGAUAUUAUCAGAGUCCAUAAGGUCCGCAAACAGGUCAAUGGCCCACACAACCUACCUUAUGCUCAGAAGUUGGAUCUGGGAUGGAUCAUCGUGGGUAAUGUAUGUUUAGGCCGCGUUCACAAACCAUCGACAGUCAACGCCUUCUACACGAACACCACGGAACGGGGACGCCCUACUCUCUUUGACCCGUGUCCUAACAUGUUCCGUGUAAAGGAAAAAUACAGUGACACCCAAGCCACAAACCACCUCCAAACACACCCUGAAGAGAUAUCAAACUGUGAUGUUGACAGCCUAGGACAUAACAUAUUCAAGCAGACCAAGGACGACAACAACAUGGCUCCGUCUAUCCAGGACAUCUCCUUCAUGAAAAUAAUGAAAGAAGGACUAACAAAAGAUGCAAACAACAGUUGGGUAGCUCCAUUACCCUUUAAAUGCUCACGUCAACGGCUCCCCAAUAACAGGCCACAGGCAUUGAACCGUCUCAAGUCACUCAGACGCAACUUUGAAAGGAAGCCUGAAAUGAGAGACCAUUUUCUCAGUUUCAUGGACAAGAUGUUCAAGAAUGGUCAUGCUAAGUUAGCCCCUCCUCCCAGUGAGGAUGAAGAACAGUGGUACUUGCCAAUAUUUGGUGUGUACCAUCCAAGAAAACCAAAACAAAUACGAGUGGUCUUCGAUUCCAGCGCCCAGUACAACGGUGUGUCGCUCAACGACGUGCUGUUGACUGGGCCUGAUCUGAACAACACUCUGCUUGGUGUAUUAAUGCGCUUUAGAAAGGAAGCAAUCGCCUUUACAACGGACAUAGAACAGAUGUUCUAUUGUUUUUCAGUAAGGGAAGACGAUAGGAACUUCCUACGUUUUCUAUGGUUCCAAGAUAACGACCCCUCCAAAGACAUUGUGGAGUAUCGGAUGACGGUCCACGUCUUUGGAAAUAGUCCUUCACCCGCAGUAGCAAUUCAUGGACUGCACCAGUCUGUUCAGGUCAGUGAGCUUCGCAUUGACCCUGACGUCCAAAGUUUUGUGAUGCGUGACUUCUAUGUAGACGAUGGGUUGAAGUCCUUGCCCACAGUCGAAGCUGCGGUCAACCUGCUGAAAAAGACACAAGAUGUUCUCUCCAAAUCAAACCUAAGGCUGCACAAGAUCGCAGCAAACAACAAGGAGGUCAUGGAGGCCUUUCCGGCCGAAGAUCGUGCAAAAGACCUUAAAGACCUGGACCUCAGUGCAGAUACGCUGCCAAUGCAGCGUAGUCUUGGAAUCAAUUGGGACCUCCAGACCGACUGCUUCCACUUCAGCGUCUCCGACGAGAUAAAAUCCUACACUCGACGGGGUGUCUUGUCUACAAUCAACAGCCUCUACGAUCCUCUAGGGUUUGUAGCGCCAGUCACAAUACAAGGCAAGGCUAUUCUGAGAGAACUCACAACUGAGAAAGGUGACUGGGACUCGCCUUUGCCCCAAGAAAUGGAAGACGCAUGGACAUCUUGGAGAGCAUCUUUGAAAGAACUGUCCCAGCUUUCUAUUCCCAGAGCCUACACUACAACUUCACCCCCAGCAGCUGUCAGAAGGGAAUUGUGCGUCUUUUCUGACGCAUCCACGAAAGCUAUCGCCGCUGUGGCAUAUCUAAAAGUAACUGACUCUGCUGGAAAUAACCAUGUGGGAUUUGUAAUGGGCAAAGCCAAGCUGACCCCCCCCGUUCUGAACAAACAAUUCCGAGACUGGAACUUUGCGCAGCAGUGCUUGGAGUGGAGUUAGCAGACUUAAUCUCGGCAGAACUAGACCUUCAGCUCGAUGCUACAACCUUCCACUCAGACAGCAAGGUAGUCCUUGGCUACAUUUCUAAUGAAAGCAGGUGCUUUUAUGUAUAUGUAAGUAACCGGGUAUUACGUAUCCGAAGGUCCUCUCACCCAGAUCAAUGGCGCUACGUGUCAACAACAGAACCCUGCGGACCACGCUACACGUUCUGUCGCUGCAGGCCGUUUGAACGACACAAACUGGCUGAGUGGACCCAAAUCUCUGUACACACCGGAGACAAGUGCCUCAGAGAGCACCAACGAGCUUGUAGACCCGGGUUCAGACCCAGACAUUCGCCCUCUGGUGUCCACUUUGAGUACUACAACAACAUCCAAGCAGCUUGGUUCUCAACGAUUCUCAAAGUUCUCAUCUUGGAAGUCUCUAACACGGGCCAUUGUUUCCCUCAUACACAUAGCCCGUCUUUUCAACAUGACCUUGAAGAACAGCCCUUGUAAGGGCUGGCAUCACUGCAAAAUAGGAUACACUGUUGAGGAGUCUGAUCAAGCGUUGCACAUCAUCAUUCAAGCAGUACAGGAAGAAGUCUACAGUCAAGAGAUCAGAUGUAUCCAAAAACAUGAGCAGAUCCCUAAAUGUAGCCCUCUCAAAAAUCUGGAUCCUUUCAUUGAUGCACACUGCCUUCUGAGAGUCGGGGGCCGCCUCCACAAUGCAAACCUUGAUCAGAGUGAAAAGACUCUAGUGAUUAUUCCUGGCAAACAUCAAGUUGCAACCUUACUCAUCAAGCAUCACCACGAACGAAUCUAUCACCAAGGCCGUCUGUUUACAGAAGGGGCUGUCCGUACAGCUGGCUUUUGGAUUGUUGGUGGCAAAAGAAAAGUGAGCAGCAUCAUCCACCAGUGUAUAACCUGCAGAAGGCUUAGAGCCCCACUUACAAUUCAAAAGAUGGCCAGUCUUCCAGCGGAUCGUCUCUCGACAGAGCCUCCCUUUACGAAUGUCGGCCUUGAUGUGUUCGGUCCUUGGAGUGUCUCUUCACGAAGAACAAGAGGAUGUUAUUCACACAGUAAACGCUGGGCUGUAAUCUUCACGUGUAUGAGCGUACGAGCGGUUCAUAUUGAAGUCAUAGAAUCCCUUGACACAUCCAGCUUCAUCAACGCGCUAAGGCGCUUUCUUGCUGUGCGCGGUCCUGUCAAUCACAUCCGCUCAGACCGUGGCACCAAUUUUGUUGGCGCCUGCAAGGAGUUGAAGAUACCCUCAAACAUUGACAACACAACUGUGAAGACUUACCUGUCAGGCCAAGGUUGCUCUUGGACAUUUAACCCUCCGCACGCCUCCCAUUUUGGCGGUACAUGGGAAAGAAUGAUUGGUCUUGCAAGGAGAAUCUUGGACUCCAUGUUCCUUCAGCUGAAGGACAAACUUACCCAUGAGGUGCUGGUGACUUUCAUGGCAGAAGUGACAGCCAUUAUAAAUGGCAGGCCUCUUGGUCCUGUGACAACUGACUCUGAUGACUCAUUUAUACUCACUCCAGCUGCUCUUCUCACUCAAAAGGUGAAUGUCCUUUCUGCUCCUACUGGAGAGUUUGGAGUUUCAGAUCUCUACAAGCGCCAGUGGCGGCAGGUCCAGCACCUGUCCAACACCUUCUGAGACAGAUGGCGAAAGCAAUUCCUCCCAACACUACAGGCACGCAAGAAGUGGCAGUCCACUCAUCCAAACAUCAACCCAGGAAGUGUUGUUCUCCUCAAGGAUAGCCAAGUACCAAGAAAUGAAUGGCCUCUUGGACGGGUAACACAGACCUUCCCCAGCGAAGACGGGAAGGUGCGAAAGGUCGAGAUCAAGGUCACACGAACAGGAGUGACUAAAAUCUUUCUUAGGCCUGUUUCUGAGAUAGUGCUUCUUCUCCCCCCAGAGGCCCAGUGAAGUGAACUGUCUAGGAUUUAUUGAGUGGCGUGUAUUCACGCCAGGCGGGGAGUGUUUUGUUACAAUUGAGUCAGUAAGUUAUAUGUUUAUUUUGAAACAGGACGUUUUAUUUUGAAACAGGAAAUGUCUUGUAACUUGUUAGGGGACUUGUAAUCAGGAA